GCUGCCCACGUGCUGAGUGCAUGUUCUGCGUUCAAAUUCAUCGCAAGAGCAUGUUUGUUUACGGUCGACGUACACUGAUAUCACUAGUUUUAUGUGAACAUUUGUUAUAAAACUUUCGAUUCACCAAAACCUUCUGAGGCUCGGGAUAGACGUUUGGAUACACGAGACACUACAGUGUAAGGAUGGCGAAGUCCGCUUUUCAUGCACGGCUCAGCUCUAUUAUGGAGGUGAUGACCGAAUCGGCGAUGAAACAGAUCUGCGAAGUUGUGGAUGGUGAUCUCCAGAAUUUGCGCCUGCAACUGACAAGGGCUCUGAACGAGAACGUGGCUCUUAAUGAUAAAAUGCAUGUACUUGAGAACGAAGUCAAAACGCUCCGCAACGAAAAGACAGAGGCGCUCAAGAAAUGUCGCUCUAUUUGUAUUCAAACGCUGGAAGUAUCUGACUCGCCAUCCAUUAACGGGAUCUUCGGAAAGGAGUGGUGUUCCAGUUUGUGGGACAGGAAGGAGCCGAGAACAGAAGAGAAGGCAGGAGAUGUCGGCCCUCCUGUGUCUGAUGAGCCUAACGAUAGCAAUAAGAUGAUACCCAUCAAAGAGGAGAAAUGUGAGAAGGAAAUUUAUCCCAGCAAUACAAAGAACAAGAAAGAAGAAGAAAGAAGAAAGAAUCCCUUUUCUCCAUCAAACCAUAAGGAUGGUCCAAAAGUGGACCUGGAUGAGAAAGAGGAGGAGGAUGAUGAUGCAGACAUAUAUUUAAUAUCUGCUGGAUUUGAGGAGACACCUGAAGUCCACCCCAUAAUCUUUACUUCCCCAGGGGCAGAUUCCUCAAAAAUUGAAUGUGUGAAUAGCACCCGUGAACAUUUAACAGUGCCAAGUUCUGAUCGGAUGAAAUUUGAUGAACACUGCGUGCCCAUUGAGUUUAUUGCGGCUGAACGCACAGAAAGGCAGCCUGCUGAGGAACAGGGGGAAGUUGGCCCACAAGACCAAAGAAAAGAUGCAGGAAAAAUCUUACGUAGUCGCCACAUCUUCAUUGUUGCUCAGGCAGCUAGGUCAAAAGAAAAGAAAAAGGCUACGCUACGCUGCUCUGACUGCAGCAAGAUGUUCAUUAGACAGAGCAAUCUUACUUUACACAGGAAGAAGUUUCACCAGACGUAUACAUGCCGCGUGUGCAAGGUGAUUUUCCCCCAUAAGAAAUUGCUCAGAGUCCACAGGUGUCGGCUUGCUGACAGCUUCGCGACGUCCGAUCUGAGGUUCAGCUGUGAGCAGUGUGGGAAACGGUUCCACUCGAAAGCAAAUCUGAGGGUCCACUAUGCCGUGCACACCGGGGAGAGUCCAUACACGUGCAGCUUCUGUGAGAGGGGUUUCACCCACAAGGGAUACCUCAAAACCCACGAGCGCGCCCACAGUGACGAGAGGCCAUACGCCUGUGUCACCUGUGGGAGGCAGUUCUCCCAGAAAGCAAACCUGAUCCAACACUUGGUUGUUCACAACAAGAGGAGAAGGGGCAAACCAAAAAAACCUGUGGAAAAAUCACAGUGACUUUAAGAUCCAUGUGGCAAGCCUGUUCUGCUGAUGCCAUCUGUAGGAAGGCUUUUGUUUGUUGUAGUAACAAAAAUAUGACUGUUCAUGGUGUUAAGGCUAAAAAAUUAGAAUGUCUUACCCAAACUACAAAAGGAAAGCCACGAAAAAUAAAAACCUUUAUAAAAACCUA